ACCCUUGACUGAGCCGUCAUCGAUGAUAAAUUAACAUAGAAACUACACAAUCAUAAAUUCAGGAUCGAGAAGCUGCAUACAAACCCAGAGCAGCUGCUAAGCAAAGAGGAAAUACAAAGAAAAUCCACUCAGGCAAAUCAGAAAAUGAGUUCCCAGAGUGUAAAACACAUCUCAGAGUGCUUUGUCCAGCCACAGCAUGCUUCAGAUGAAUCAAAGCAGCCCUUGUACUUGGCACCCACCGAUCUUCCCAUGCUCUCUGCCCACUAUAUCCAAAAAGGUCUUCUUUUUGCCAAGCCUCCAGAAGCCAUGAAUGAUCACAAGAAGGCAGAUUUCAUUAAUGCUCUGCUCGAAAAGCUCAAGCACUCUCUCUCCCUGGCCCUUGUUCAUUUCUACCCACUUGCAGGUCGCCUUGCAACAAAGAAAGAAGAAAACCCACCUCUCUAUUUGGUUUAUAUAGAUUGCAACAACAGCCCUGGAGCUAAAUUCAUCUAUGCAACUGUAGACUUGUCCAUCUCUGACAUCCUUUCACCAACUGAUGUGCCUUUGGUUGUUCAGUCGUUUUUUGACCAUGACAGAGCAGUCAACCAUGACGGGCACACCAUGUCUUUGCUAACAGCUCAGGUCACGGAGCUGGUGGAUGGCAUCUUCAUAGGGCUUUCCAUGAACCACUGCCUUGCUGAUGGUACCUCUUACUGGCAUUUCUUCAACACUUGGUCUGAAAUCUUUCAGGCACAAACACAAACACAUGCCAGUCAAAACAAUAAUAUCAUACCGUAUAUCUCAAGACCACCAGUCCUCAAGCGGUGGUUUCCAGAAGGUCAUGAUCCAAUCAUCAGCCUCCCUUACACGCACCCAGAUGAGUUCAUUGGCAGAUUUGAAGCUCCCAAACUCAGAGAGAGAAUGUUUCACUUCUCCUCAGAAGCCUUAGCCAAACUCAAAGCAAAGGCCAAUGCAGAGGCUAAAACAACCAAAAUCUCUUCCUUCCAGUCCUUGUCUGCCCUUCUCUGGCGCUGCAUUACCCGGGUGCGGCGUCUACCUCCGAGCCAGUCAACCAGCUGCAGGUUGGCUGCGAAUAACAGAGCAAGAUUAGACCCACCAUUGUCUGGAGAUUACUUUGGGAACUCAAUUCACCCAAUCAAAUCAGAAGUUGUGACCGCAGGUGAAUUGCUUGAACAUGGGCUUGGAUGGGCAGCGUGGAAGUUGCAUGAGGCUGUCGUUAACCUCGAUGACAAGUCGAUACGAGAGUUCAUUGAUGCUUGGUUGCAGUCUCGAAUGGUGUACCAAAUAGGCCAGUUUUUCGAUCCGCACAGUGUGAUGAUGGGAAGCUCCCCAUGGUUCAACAUGUACGGAAACGAAUUUGGAAUGGGAAAAGCAUUGGCGCUUCGAAGUGGAUAUGCAAAUAAGUUUAGCGGCAAAGUGUCAUCUUACCCGGGAGGCGAAAGAGGAAGCAUAGACUUGGAGGUUUGUCUUGUACCUGAUGCAAUGGGUGCUAUUGAAUGUGACCAUGAGUUCAUGGAAGCUGCCUCUGUAACCCAUUAUUAGUUUCAAAUUGUUGUAUGCAAAUCUUGCGUAAAGGAGAAGCAACAUUCAUCGACUCAAAACCUCGAAGUAUAGGUUUUUCUGUUUCUUCGAGAAGCAAAAUUUAUCGAUGUUGUUUCAGUCAAUCUUUUGUUCAUUUUUCAAAAUAUUGUUUAUAGCAACGGCGAUAUAGCUUAUGUGA